CACAACGAUGGAGGGCAGACGCUCCUUCUCGCGGUUGUGGUCCAGGGUGUUCAAUGUGGUCUCUGGGCCCAGGACAACCUCAACGGGGUCAGGGAAGAUCUGGAGGAAACCGGGGCAGAAAUGUCAUACUGAAGGAGUUCAUCAGGCCAUCAUUUGAUGUUUAGUCAUGGGGAUUUUGUGCAGUUUGUGCAGUGGUCAGGACGACUCUGGUAAAGCUGGCAAACCUACUCCAGAAGAACCAAAAGAAGGAAAGAUUGUUAUUCCUGACAUCCCACCUCCAAGAAAAGUAGUCGCCUUCACAGCCAAGCUGAACGUCGCUCACAGCACCCCGUACCACUCUGGUGUCCUGAAGCUCGUGGAUGUGUUGGCCAACGAGGGAGACGGCUACGAUCCCGACACCGGCUACUUCACCUGCCCUCUGGAGGGACUUUAUCACUUCACCGUGCACAUGUCUGUGUUAGGUCGGGCUCAGUGUGCCAUAUAUAAGAAUGGAGAGAGUUUGGCAUCAGUGUAUCACACUAGUCUCCCAAAUAAUUGUUGCCAAGUGGCCAGUAUCAGUAGCACAACGCAGCUGUCUGAGGGAGACAAGGUGUGGGUGAAUUUAUGGGGUCAUGGUCGACAUGAAAUCAUCGCCACAGAAGAUAAUGAUACUGUCUUUGUCGGGUUUCAUUUAGGGUAAGGGAGUCACAUAGAGUUUGAAUGUUUCUGAAAUGUGUUCAGUUAUGUCGUGUGACUAUGAAUUUAUCAUAAUUGUAACCUGUGGUGGAAUGUAACAAAGUACAUUUACUCAAGUAAUGUACUUAAGUACAAUUUUGAGGUACUUUACUUGAGUUUUUCCAUUUUAUGCUACUUUACACUUAGAAAUAUUGUAAUUUUACUACUUUUUACAGAUUCAGAUUAAUAUAAAAUAUAACUAAUAUUUAACAGCAAUCAACUAAUGAAUAAUUAUGUAUUAUUAUAGAGCUUCAAUAAUUAUAAUCCAAUAAUAUAAAUGGGCCAUUCUGCAUAAUGAGUACUUCACUUUUGGUACUUUAAGAAUAUUUUGAUGCUAAUAGUUAUGUACUUUUAAUUAAGUAAACUUUUGAUUGCAGGACUUUUACUUGUAACAGAUUAUUCUUACACUGUGGUAUUAGUACUUUUACUUCAGUGAAUGUUCUGAGUACUUCUUCCACCACUGUGUGUAACUGAUUAUUAACUGAAUGUAAUAAAUUGUUUUUACCAUA